CUCGCAACAGCACAUUUCGUCUUCUUCCACAUGACCACACCUCUCUCUCUCUCUCUCUCUCUCUCUCUUCAGGAAAUUCAGAUCUUUGGUCUCAUUCCAUUUCUUCCUGUAAAUAUAAUUGGAGACAAUACAGACACACCUAGAAGGGAACUCCGAAUGUUCUUGGCCGGCGAAAUCUGAGGCUGCCCGCCAAAGCCAAGAUGAGGUUCUGGUCUCUGCUCGUCGUAGCAUGGCUGCCGGUUCUGCAGGUCCUCCUCGUUGGCUUGCUCGGAGCUCUUCUCGCGUCCAGCCGCCUCGACGUUCUCACGUCCGAUGCUCGGAGGAACAUCAACAAGGUUGUUUACAUCGUCUUCGUUCCAUCGCUUGUUUUCUCCAGCUUGUCGAGUACCGUCACGCUCAAGGACAUCGUUUCUUGGUGGUUCAUGCCAGUGAACAUGGGCAUCGUGUUCCUGAUCGGAGCGGUUCUAGGGUGGGUGUCUGUCAAGGUCUUCAGACCUGAAGAACAUCUUCAGGGACUUGUCAUUGCUUGCUGCUCAUCAGGUAACUGGGGAACCAUUCCUCUGAUGAUUGUUCCAGCAAUUUGCAAUGAGGAGGGCAGCCCUUUCGGAGACGCCAGCACCUGCAACUCUCUUGGUCUCUCUUAUGUGUCCUUGUCAAUGGCGCUCGGCAACUUCUAUAUAUGGACGCACAGCUACAGUGUCAUGAAGAGAUCCGCUACGCUGUACAAGGCAAAACGGCGUAAGAAAGACGCUCAGAUUGACACAAGCAAAGAACAUUUUGGACAGGAUGCAGCUGGUGAUUACGCCGCUUUUGUUCCACUGUCCUCUGAAGAUUUAUCCGAUGAUGUUGGAAGCAACUCGAUUGGUCAGCAGGUUACUUCUCCCUUGCUUCCAAAUGAUCCUAGAGCUAGCGUCUUGGGUUACUACUUGAGAAGAGCAGAGGAGUUGGCGGUGGAGAUACUGAAAGAACUAUGGUCACCGCCAAGUGUAGCUGCGGUCGUGGGAUUCAGUGUGGGUGCAGUAGACAAGGUGAAAUCACUUGUUACUGAAGAAGGUUCUCCUCUCAGGGUAAUCCAGGAUUGUACCAAAUUAUUAGGGGGCGCUACAAUUCCAUGCACGGUGCUGAUUCUCGGUGGAAAUCUAACCAAAGGUAUAGGCAAGACGGUGGUCAAGCCCAGUGUGCUCAUAUCAGUAAUUGUCAUACGUUUUGUUCUCCUCCCGACUUGCGGAAUCGGCAUCGUCACAGCAGCCACCAAGCUUGGGUUGCUACCGAAUUCUCCCCUGUACCGCUACGUGCUCCUCCUGCAAUCCACGGUUCCUCCAGCCAUGAGCAUUGGCACAAUAGCUCAGCUGUUUGAUGUGGGGGAAGAGGAGUGCUCUAUCAUCUUCCUGUGGACGCACCUAGUUGCUGCCCUUGCUCUCACGCUUUGGUCGACGGUGUUCAUGUCACUUGUACUGUGAGCUACCAGUACUGAAUCUAGCUGAAUGGGAGAGAUGAUACAUAGCAUAGACAAAUGAGGAACAUAAAAUGUACCAGCACCAUUACAAGUAAUGGUAACAUUAGCAAGAUUUGGCCAUGCAAAACAAUGUUUUCUUUCCAUAUAAAUGAAUGUUGCCUAAAAAAACAA